AUGGAAGACGCCGUACAGUUAACCUUUAUUCAUGACAAGGAGGAUAUUCGAUGGCUAAGUGCGGGAAACGCAGCCAGGCACCGCCACUCCAUCUUCACAGAUGUUGAACGCCGAGAUAUGACCCUUCAGAUUGUCUCCUCUGUGCCUCAUCGGAAUCCCGACCAGGCAAUAGUUGAUUUGGAGAGGUUGGAGUCGGAUAUCAGCUGCUCGAAACCAUUCUCUCUUUUUCGGGGACCUUUUGGUGCUUUCAGAUGGCCACAAUCACUCCUGUCCAGUCCACUACCUCCCGAUAGAGACGAGAUACUGCCCUUUUCCAGUGACUGGUUUGAGCAGCUUGAGGAGGUGCCAAGAGAGGAAGAUGUUUCGUUCAGUCUAGACGUCCUAGAUGCUCUAAACCAAGAUAACGGUGAUGAUUUGACGCUAGAAACGCCGAGUCUACAGCCGGCCCAGAGCAUUAAGACAAUCUUCCACGAACCGAGCCUACAAGUAGAGCUCAGUCCCUACUUAUCCGUGGGAAAUGUCGAGGGCUGGAGUCUCCUAUCGCAUUACAAAGACCGAAUCAUCCCAUUGAUAUCCCCUUUGCGCCGUGGGGAGGAGACACCUUGGAUGAGCCUGGUAGUACCAUGCGCAAUGGCAACUUUGGCAGACCUGAUGCUGAAAGGGUCUUCCAACCAUGCACGACUUGCCCUAUUAAACGCCGUAUGGAGCACAAGUGCCUUUCACUUGGGAAAUAAUUCAGUGCCUUGCCUUGAGCAAUGGACAUUUUCGGGAGGAGUCUACUUGACACGGGCUCAGUACCACUUCCAGCGAUGCAUGGAGGAAAGCUGUAUCUCGGUCACAAAGAUCAGCAAAUAUAAGGAGAUCCUCAUGGCAAUACUGAGUCUUUCAAAUGCCUUUAUGAUAAAGGGAGACCCGGAAAUGCGACGCGCCUAUCUUAUCCAAACGGAGAAAUUUAUUUGUAUCAAGGGACUCAGCCAACCGGCGCUGUCAGCCAACAAAAGAGCACUGCAUCACUGUUAUGCUUAUAUGCGCAUUAUGGCUGAGACAACAUGCAUUGCCGAUAGAUUGAGCAACAAUCUGACCGGGCCAAGCGGUGCUUCAAACGAAAACACAAUAUAUGGAGGAGACUUCCGUCUCUACCCGAAUCUAGUCUUUUCGACAACUACAAUGACCAUGGAAAAGGAUCCAGGGAUGGCCCAGCGUGACCUCCACCUUGCGAUACCCGGUCGAUGGAGCUCAACGUUGUUUCCCACACUAUACGGAAUCGAUGAAAUAUUUCUCAUGUUACUGUCUCAAGUAAUUCGCCUUGCCAACGAGCGAGAUUUAUCAAUGAUGUCUGAUGCAGCAGAAAAUCGGCUCAGUCUCAAGGAAUUUUGGACUCGGGCAAAGGGUCUGGAAAGGGCUAUCGAUCAUUUGUUAUCGACUGCAAAUCCAAGCUGCGUUCAAUCUUAUGACGAGGCUCUCCCAGUGGUCACGACUGCAACAGCUCAAGCGAUGUACAUGGCAUUGUCAAUUUUCUUCCAUCGCCGAAUAUACGAAAUUGAUCCUGCAAUGCUCCAAGCCAAUGUCAGUGCAAUUCGGAGCUACCUGAUCCAAAUUCAACAAGAGGAAAGUGAUCAGAAGGAGAGUAACAAUGCUGCGCUGAUAUGGCCCGCUUUUAUCACUGCUUGUGAGGCUGUUAGCCCUGAGUUGCAAGUUUUCUUCUCCUCGUGGUUUGAUAAUUGUGCUCGAACAACAGCCUUGGUUCAUGCAUCGGUGGCUAAGCAGAUAUUUGAGAAGAUAUGGACUAAAAGGCGCGAUGUGAGCGUGUGUGAAGGAAUAUAUAGCUGGCCAGAUAUUUUGCGAGAUGGGGAUAUCAAAUUUAUGUGCAUAUGA